AUGAAAGAUGAGUGUAAGGGAAUCCCGAUUAGUGAAGCUGUAUGCUUAAAGCCGAAAAUGUAUUCAGUUCUUCCAGUUGGUCAUGAUCCCAAAACGCCUAAAACAGAGGCGGAUUUUGAAAAAGAGUUAGAAGAAGAGGGUUGGCAGAAAAAGCAUGGCAUACAAAAGGCCAAGGGCGUUAAAAAAUCCGUAGUAAAAAGGGAGCUUCGUCAUGACAAAUUUUUAGAAUGCUUAAAAACUCGAAAAAUUACUAGGCAUGACAUGUAUGGGCUUCGUAGCUAUGAUCACCAAAUUUAUUUAGAACGCGUUAACAAAAUAGGGCUAAAUCCUUAUGACAAUAAGCGCUGGAUUUUAUCUGACGGAAUCCAAACUUUACCUUAUGGGGAUUGGAGAAUUCGUGCAUAUAAAAAAUUUGUUGCAUCAGGGGUAAUUCCUGAAGAAGCGGAAAAAAAGGCUAUGAAAUUAACCCUCAAACCCGAAUAUCAACUUUAG